GCCACCGCUUGCGGUUCUGCGCAACCUACCGCCACAUCCCGCCCUUCCACCGUCGACCGUCGUUCUCUCAUCUCUCUGAUUUCUGUUCGCUCUCGAAGGUCUCACUCUCUGAUUUCUGAUUUCUGAUAUUUUGUUAACUUUUUAUUGAUUUCUGGUUCUCUCUAUAACACUAUUGUUAAAUGUUGCUGUUAUUGAAUGUGUUGAUUUUUUUAUUGAAUGUUGAUGAAUUUGAUUCACAACACUGUCUUAUUCUCUUCCAAAACGUAACCUAACACACGAAACCGGUUCAGUGUCUGAUUCACAACAAGACUGAAUUUUGGUGAUGUUUUCGGUUACCCAUUUUGGUGAUUAAGCAGAAAACACAAUUUUUAUCAAUGGGUGUUGGUGGUAAUUUCUGGGACUUGUUGAAGCCCUAUGCACGCAAUGAAGGUUUUGAUUUCUUGAGAAACAAGCGAGUUGCUGUUGACUUAUCGUUUUGGAUUGUUCAGCAUAACUGCAUAACAAUGCUAUCAAAACCCAUUUUACGAUUAAUCUGUUUUCUAUGUUUGGAGCAUUUCCCGUGUUUGUUGUUGAUGGGACUCCAUCGCCAUUGAAAUCACAAGCCAGGAUUGCUAGAUUUUUCCGGUCAUCUGGAAUUGAAUUGACUAGCUUGCCAGUACCGCCACCACCUGGAGGUGGUGUUUCAGCUGAGAGGAACAGUUCAUUUUCAAAAUGUGUUCAAGAGUGUGUGGGAUUCAUGUAAUGAAGGCUAAAGGAGAGGCUGAAGCACUCUGUGCCCAGUUAAAUAAUGAAGAUCAUGUAUAUGCAUGCAUCACACCUGACAGUGAUGCAUUCCUCUUUGGGGCCAAAUGCAUUAUAAAAUCUUUCGCUUCCAAUUCCAAAGAACCGUUUGAAUGCUACAAUAUGUCAGAUAUUGAAGCUGGGCUUGGAUUGAAGAGGAAACACUUAAUAGCUAUGUCUCUUUUGGUUGGAAAUGAUCACGAUUUGAGUGGUGUUCAAGGGAUUGGACUUGACAGUGCUCUUCGUUUUGUUCAAGCUUUUAGUGAAUAGAUUACAUGAGAUAGGCAAAGGGAAUGCUUUUCAAAUUCCUAUUGACAUUAAAUCUGACGACAAUAUGGAUAUUGAUGGGAGCUCCCCAAAUACGAAACAACCUCACUGUUCAUUCUGUGGGCAUCCAGGCAGCAAAAAAGAUCAUACCAAGUUUUCGUGUGAAUUUUGUGUCACAGAUGACCAUGAAAGUUGCAUGAAAAAACCAGAGGGUUUAAAUGUGAUUGCUUCUCUUGUGGUAUGAAUAGGAAACAUAAGGAGCAGAAAAAGAUGGAAAAUUGGCACACAAGAAUUUGUGACAAGAUUGCAAAGGAGCCAAAUUUUCCAAAGGAUGAAAUCAUUGAUAUGUAUUUAUGUAAUGACAAUGGUUAUUUUUCUGCAAAUGAUGGCCCUCAGAUCUCAUGGGAAAAACCAAAAGUUGAACUCCUGAUUGGUUUUCUAAACUUCCAUAAGCACUGGGAUCCGUCAUACAUUCGACGGAUAAUGUUUCCUAUGAUGUCCACCAUCUUCUUGAGAGAAAUGGCUACAGCUACAACAGAUAAUUUGUUGUUUGGACAAUUUGAGUUUGAUUCUUUAAAACGUGUGAAGACGAGAUACGGAUAUCAGUCUUAUGUUGUCAAGUGGAAACGUGUGAUGGUCAAUGUUGCUUCUAAAACUCCAUCAAAUCAAUCUGGCACGCAACAGGAUGCUAUAGAUCUAGAGCUCGAUGAAACGGUGGACCGACAUCUACUGGACGAUUGCGAUUUUCCUGAGACUUGUGAAGAAGGUGGAUGUAGUUUUCUGUUGACAGAUGAAAAUAUGGACCUUAUAGGUGCUACUUUUCCAGAAGAAAUGAAAAAGUUUUGGCAGGAACAGGAACUGAAGGAUUCGAAAAGAAAAAAGAAUCCAACCUCAAGAUCUCAAGAAAAUGAAACGUCCUCAGCAUCAUCACCAAACUCAAAAGGUGUCCAGCUAAAUAUUAAAGAGUUCUUCCCAACAACCAAAAGUAAACAUAAUCCAAAACAUGGAGAAGAGUCAUCAUCCAAGAAAGACGAUAGCCCGGACAGCGGAGGCUAAAAAAUGAAGAGAAAAUCGUCAAGUCCUAAUAUUUCAAAAUCUGUUAGGCGUCGCCUUUUGUUUGAUUAGUGUGCUAACUGAAUGUUGAAACAGUGACAACAGACCCUUUUGUGAUCAUGACCAAGGGUAAACACGAAUUGCUGGAAUUGAGGUGCUAAUUAGAGUACAUUUGUUUAUUAUUUAAGGCCAUAUCAAAUAUGGGUACAUCUGUUACGAACAAGGACAACUAUAAUGGCAGGAAGAGUGGGACUUGGAAGCAGAAAGAGUUGUUUUUUCUGGUUACUUAUGUAUUAGUUUUCUAUGCUAUCAUCAUAAGACGUUCCCUUCAAAUCUCUCAUGAUCACUACAAAAAACUAUUUGGUUUACGCCCAGGAUGGCUCAUACCUAAUCACCUCAAUGAUGUCUCAGAUGCUCAGUGGAGGAAUUUUCGAGGAAAUUUACCUGUUCUAACUCUUGUCUUUGGAAUUUUCACUCUUCUGGCCAACUUGAUGAGGGCUUUCUUCAAUUUGAAUGUGAGAGGAAUGUCCGUUGUCUGGCUUUUAUUUUCCUUCGCCUACCUAUCAUAUCUACAUGGAGCAUGCGUCAUAUUUGUGCUCUCAAUAGCUACUAUUAAUUUUCUUCUUGUUAAGAUAUUUGCACGGAAAAAGUACUUUCCACUUAUAAUUUGGAGUUACAACAUAUUUUUUCUUCUAUGUAAUCGGAUUUAUGAAGGAUAUUCAUUCUCUGUGUUUGGGCAACAAUGGAGAUUUUUGGACAAGUACCGUGGCAGCUUUAGGUGGCACAUAUGUUUCAACUUUGUUGUUUUGCGCAUGAUAAGCUUUGGAUUGGAUUAUCAUUGGACAAAUCAAGAUUCUCAUUUUGACCAGGAGAAGCAUUGUCAACGUUGUCAUAUUUGUAAAUCAGGAAACAGAUGCUAUCAAGCUUUACAGGAGAGAAGUCUACACAUCAACAAGUUCGGAUAUGUCGUGUACCUUAGUUAUUUGGUGUAUGCACCACUUUAUAUUGCUGGUCCAAUAGUGAGCUUCAACGCUUUUGCUUCACAGCUAGAUGUUCCUCAAAAUAGUAAUUCAGUUAGAAAUGUGAUACUCUAUGGUUUCCGUUGGAUAUUGUGUUUUAUCCUUGUGGAGUUCAUGACACAUCUAUUCUACUAUAACGCCUUUGCUAAUAGUGGUUUGUGGAAGCACUUAUCUCCUCUGGAAGUGUUCAUCAUCGGAUAUGGGGUCUUAAACUUCAUGUGGCUAAAGUUUUUACUGAUCUGGCGCUUUUUCAGGUUCUGGUCACUGGUGAACGGAAUUGAUGCUCCAGAAAAUAUGCCAAAAUGUAUUAAUAAUUGCUACAGCUUGGAAGGAUUUUGGAAAAAUUGGCAUGCUUCCUUUAACAAAUGGCUUGUGAGGUAUAUGUACAUUCCUCUUGGGGGAUCUCGGAAAAAGCUCCUAAAUGUAUGGGUUAUAUUUACUUUUGUUGCCAUCUGGCACGAUUUAGAGUGGAAGCUUCUUUCAUGGGCAUGGUUGACAUGUUUAUUUUUUAUCCCCGAAUUGGUAUUAAAAUCAGCUGCAAAAGCAUUUCAGGCUGAAAGCUCUUUUGGGGAAUUCAUAUUUCGUGAACUCAGUGCUGUUGCUGGUGCAGUUACAAUCACUUGCCUCAUGGUAGCAAAUCUGGUUGGUUUUGUUAUUGGACCAAGCGGUAUUAACUGGUUGCUUUCUUCUUUUCUACGCAAGGAAGGGUUGCCUGUCCUAGGGAGCUUGCUCAUGACAUUUUAUGUUGGAACAAAGAUUAUGUUCCACAUAGAAGAAGCAAAGAAAAGGUCACCCUGAACCAGACAAAUGCAUGACCAUGAUUCUUGGUGCAAAUUCAUGUUUGGUGCUAGGAGUUUCAUAUCUGAUACAGAACAGUUUGUUUGGCUUGGAGGUAUCUGUGGGUAUGAAUCUUGACCCAUUUUACAGAUUGACGAUGCAUCGUACAUCAAAUUUGGGAAUCACACGUUCAGAUUUUGUACACCAUACACUGUAAAAAUCACUGUUAACAGAAAACGAGGAAAAUGAAGAAGGAAAAAAAAAAGUAAUUUUAUUGAAAAUAGGGUAGGUUUGCUUAAUGAAACUAAGAUUCCUCUUUCGCCUCCUUUUUUAUUGUUGCUGAGAAAAUGGUCAAACAAUUUGAUACCUUGCAAAAAAAAAUUGGGUUCUCAUAUGCUGUUUUCAA